AUGCGUUUUACCGAACUUUCACUUCUCUUUGCACUCUCUGCCGCGACGGUUGUUUCCGGCCAGAAGAACUACCAGAAGGGGAACUUGCCUACCAACGAUAAGACCCUGUUCAAAGGCCUGACUUCCGACAACCACCUCGUGGCCCGUCAGGGUUCUGCCGGUGGCUCUGACUUCUGCUCCGGUCGUUUUGUCACCUGCGUCAGCUGCUUUGGUGCUGGAUACGUUGACUGCCCUGAUGGUGUGACAUGCUAUAACCCCAGCGAUCCAACCACUUCAUGCUCAGCCUCUUCCGGUUCCAGCUCUUCAGGCUCCAGUUCUUCCAGCUCAAGCUCUUCUGGCUCCAGCUCUUCCGGCUCAACUUCUGGCUCCAGCAGUGACUAUUGCUACGGCAAGACCUGUGCGGGCUGCUUUGGUGCAGGAUACUUGGAAUGCUCUGAUGGGUUUACAUGCUAUAACCCUAGCGACCCAACUACCUCCUGCCCUUCUGGUAGCUCCGGUUCGGGCUCUGGCUCUGGAUCUUCUGGCUCCUCUGCCACCACCGCUGCCGGCCCCUCCAGCUCAACGUCAAACUCUCUAUCCGGUUCCGGAUCAGGUGGUAGUCUCGACACUACAUCUUCCACGACCUCCAGCGCAGUGCCCUCUCAGACAAGUAGCACAUCUUCCUUGGGCUCUUCUGGCAACUCUGGAUCAUCCAGUAACUCCGGCUCAUCGAGCAGUUCUGGAGCACCCAGUUCCGGAGCAACUGUUCAUGGAAAUACUGCAGCGGGUAUCUCCACUCCCAUGGGCGUUUCCCUGGGAAUGGGUGGAAUCUUUGCCUUGUUUGCUAUCGCUGCCAUGUAA